AUGGCUUCUGCGUCAGGGUGUCCACCAUUUGAAUUUUCCAGCAAGUACUAUCAUGUGCCUGAAAGUGGAGGUGUGUGCGUGAGGCAGACCAGUUUCUUUGAAGGCAAACCAGUGCUGAAUCAGGGAGUUGGUUACUCUGUCAUUCUUGGUUUUGGUGCUUUCUUUGCUGUCUUCACCUCUUUCUUGGUGUGGCUAGAGAAGCGUUAUGUUGGGUCACGUCACACGUCUGAAUGGUUCAAUACAGCAGGCAGAAGUGUUAAGACAGGGCUUAUUGCUAGUGUUAUUGUGUCUCAGUGGACAUGGGCUGCUACAAUACUGCAAAGCUCCAAUGUUGCAUGGAAAUAUGGAGUUAGUGGACCUUUCUGGUAUGCUAGUGGGGCCACCAUCCAGGUAUUGUUGUUUGGAAUCAUGGCAAUAGAGAUUAAAAGAAAGGCUCCUCAUGCUCAUACUGUGUGUGAAAUUGUCAAGGCCCGUUGGGGAACUUCAGCACACGUUGUUUUUCUCUUUUUCUGCUUCUUGACGAACAUAAUUGUGACAGCUAUGUUGCUCCUUGGUGGUUCUGCGGUUGUGAAUGCAUUAACUGGAGUGAACCUUUAUGCCGCUAGCUUUCUAAUACCACUUGGAGUAAUUGUCUAUACACUAGCGGGUGGACUGAAGGCCACAUUCUUAGCAAGCUAUAUACAUUCUGUCAUAGUGCACAUUGUUUUGUUGAUUUUUGUCUACCUUGUCUACACGGCUAGCAGUGAGCUUGGUAGCCCUUCUGUGGUGUACAAUCGCCUCCAAGAGGUUGCAAGAAAAUCAAGAGCAUGUCAGGAACCUAUAUCACACCAAGGGCAAUCUUGUGGUCCUGUCGGUGGGAAUCACCAAGGUUCUUACCUAACAAUGCUGAGUUCUGGUGGCUUAGUGUUUGGGAUCAUAAACAUUGUUGGCAACUUUGGCACUGUGUUUGUUGACAAUGGAUACUGGGUGAGUGCCAUCGCAGCAAGACCUUCAUCAACUCAUAAAGGCUACUUGUUGGGAGGCUUGGUAUGGUUUGCUGUUCCAUUUUCAUUGGCUACAUCUUUGGGUCUAGGAGCCCUGGCCCUUGAUUUACCAAUAACUGAAAGUGAAGCAGGUCGUGGACUUGUUCCCCCUGCUACAGCAGUAGCUUUGAUGGGGAAAGGAGGAUCUAUUCUUCUUCUUACCAUGCUUUUUAUGGCAGUGACUUCUGCUGGUUCAUCAGAACUAAUUGCGGUGUCAUCACUAUGCACAUAUGAUAUCUACCGAACUUACAUAAAUCCUAAUGCAAGUGGAAAGCAAAUCCUCAAAGUGUCAAGGAGCAUUGUCCUAGGCUUCGGGUGUUUCAUGGGGUUGCUUGCAGUCCUACUGAACAAGGCUGGAGUUUCUUUAGGAUGGAUGUACCUUGCAAUGGGAGUUCUGAUUGGCUCAGCAGUUCUUCCUAUUGCUUUUAUGCUUCUAUGGAGAAAAGCAAAUGCAAUUGGAGCCAUCCUUGGGACAGUCAUAGGUUGUGUUUUAGGAAUUAUCACAUGGUUGUCUGUUGCAAAAAUACAAUAUGGCCGGGUAAACCUCGAUACCACUGGCAGAAAUGCGCCAAUGCUAGCUGGAAACCUUGUCUCUAUACUAACUGGAGGAGUUGUUCAUGCUAUCUGCAGCAUGUUAUGGCCUCAGAACUAUGACUGGAGUACCACCAAGCAAAUCACGGUGGUUGAAAAGGAAAAGACUGACCUGCCAGCUGAAGAGUUUAAAGAAGAAAAACUAAUCACAGCUAAAGCAUGGGUGGUGAAGUGGGGUGUAGGUUUCACUGUUUUGAUAGUCAUACUUUGGCCUGUUCUCUCCCUUGCAGCAGGUGAGUUUAGUAAGGGCUACUUCUUUUUCUGGGCAGUGAUUGCUAUAGCAUGGGGUACUGUUGGGUCUGCUGUGAUAAUUGUUUUACCACUAAUGGAGAGCAGGGAAACCAUCCAGAUAGUGAGUAUGGGCAUGUUUACAAAUGACAGGCUCAUGGAAAAGGUGGAGGAGUUAAAUUUCAAGUUGCAGACAAUCAUGCAAGCAAUACCAGAAGCAGAGAGACUUUACUUGCUUGAGAAGGGGAAGGCCAAAAAGUCAGAAGCAUCGGAUCAACAGGCUUGUCCUCUUCCAGCAUAA